AUGGGCGCGUGUAAUUCUCACAACUCAAAAACACGGGGGCGAGUGAGGGAGGGGUGAACCCCGAAUCGUGAGAUAGUGGAGCGCCUUCUCUGAAGGCGAGGGGGCGCCCAGACCACUAAAAUCUAAGGCAGGUCGGCUUUUGCUUACUUCCAAACAAGGAAAAUCUAACUUUUCCAUGGGGGUGUGUGUAUGUGUGUGUGUUUCAGAGUCUGCUGUAGCUUGCGCCACUAUCCCAAAUGGAGAGUUAAUUAAACCCCCCCAAAGCUGGAAAGCGCACAGCAGCAGUCAUCCCCACCUCUCCAUACUCCUACAGAUUUAGAAAGGGCUAGAAUAAGGGGCAAACCCGGUUCGGUGUGUCCCCCCCCCCUUUAUCUCCCUUUAUUUUUUUUGCUACUAGAGUGCCUCCCCCCCAACCCCCACACACUCCUCUUUCUCAGUCUCCUUUCUGAGACCUUCAAUUUAUCCCAUCACCAAGCUGCAUGUCAGCUGGGAGGUGGGGAACAGGCUCCAUAGCAAGCUGCUGCUACAGCAGCAUCGCAGAGGGUUAAUGGCAGAGCAGAGCUGGAGGAUGGGGGAGGGGAGGCAGGGUUUGUAAAUGGAAACAUUGGUACAUAAGCAUUUAGCACAAUCAGGAGGAAAAACGGCCCAACUGCAGGGAAGAGAACAAAAACUCUCCCUGUGCUGCCCCCUGGCGCCGGUUCUUGCAAAUUUCCCUUAGCAAAAGGGAGAAAAUAUGUAUAUGCGUGUGCAUUACUCCAAUUAAACUGCCUUCUUUCUUUUUGUUUGUUUGGCUACUUUUAUUUGCAUGUGAAACAGGCCAAGCACACAGACGAACUCCUAGAUUGCAGGCAGGGUUAUCUCAAGUUCAGAUUCAUGUUAAUACUAUUAUGUGCAUAUUCCGUAGUCACAACAGGGGCUUAUCUGGUCAUAGGAUCAAGGGUGUAAGUAGGGAAGGAGGAAGCAAGGGUGUGCGAACUUUGGGAAGAGAUGAUUUUUGAGGUGGGAGAGGGUGGUGCUGUUGUGAAAGCAAGAGAGAUAAGAGUAGGAACCACUGGUUAAUUUAUCAAUAAAAACUAUGUGUGGCUGGGGUGGGGAAAGCUUGUCUGCACCUUCUCUGGGCACUCCAUUAUUCAUAUGUAGCAGAGCACAAUUAUGGUAUUUAAAAUAGAAAUAAAAAGAAAUUGUUGUAGAUGGACCAUCCAUCAGUUCCCAUACCACCUAGACCACUGUUUGCCUAAGCAAAGAGAAUAUUCCACUAGAAAUGCUUGCAGAGCAAAUAGCUCUGCUACGCUUAGCAAACGAUGCCAGCCAUAUCCUACACUUAGUGGCAAACAAUCAAAUCAAGAGCUUCCUUAACUUUGUCAGAGUGGACCUCUCCUAGUACUAAAAACAAACACCAACGAGGAGGACUCUUGUGCCACAUUAGACUAACAGAUUUAUUGAGUAAUAACAAUGGUUUUUCACAUUACAUGUGUUAAUCGACACCAACAUGGUUGGCUCUACCAUUCAGCAGACAGAGGCACCUGGUUUUGUGUGUUAUGAAAGGGCAGCAAAUUGUUAGGUUUUUUAAAUUUAUGAUUGUUCUGUUUUUACUGUCUGGGAAGGGAAAGAGGCACGUGUGAUUCUCUGCCUCGGGUGCCAAAAUAUAUGCCUUGACUAGGGGAAGCAGUAUUUGCUUUCUGCCUCAAGCAGUAAAAUGCCUUGGGCAGCUCUGCUUACCAAUGACAAGAUGUCUGUGCUAUCAGCAGCUAUAUUUUUUGUGAAUGGCCCCUGUUGAUUACAUAAUUAUCACCACCUCUGUACUUUUUGCAUUCAAUUUCCCUCUGACUUCACUGUUUAUAAUCCCCUCCCCCAAACUUCAGUCUAUGUAUGUGUGUGUAAUAUGUGUGCGUGUGUAAAACUCAAGAUUUGUGCAUCUGAUAAAGUGGGCUGUAAUCUAUUAAAGUUUAAACCAUAAUAAAUUUGUUAGCCUUUAAGAUGUCACAAUAGGCUCUUACUUUUGCUGGAAAAGAUUUUCGCAGCUAUUGCUAUGCAAACCUCUUCAAAUGUACGACAGACAAUUCAGGUAACAGUAUAAGCUCAACCCAGACUUAGGGCCAUACAUCCAACCUCAACCCUAAAAGAAAGGAAGCAGGGUUAUACUUUUAAUCCUGGACUUCCCUGGCAACUGUCCAUGGCUUCCACGUUGAGAAAGACUGAUUAAAAGCAAUUUCAAGGGCUUCUUACUUCUGUUACUGAAGGGCAAACAUGGUACAAGACACUCCUCCCCCCCCCCCACAUUGUUUUGUUUUGUUUUUACUUAAAAUAGGAUCAUUAUCAACCCUCUUCCAUUUCUGCCAAUGCUGACAAAGGGAGGCAUUAAGCUAACACCAGUGCCAGCAGGGUUCCAUGCAUUUGCUUCAACAGAUUCCUGUUUAAUAGAGCCUAGCACACUUUUGGUGCUAAGUAAACGUUAAAAUUGUAGAAGUCAUUCGUAGGUGUAGUGUUUUCAGAGGUUGUCAAUUGCUUGCAUGUUCUGAAUCUUACUAGAGUAUAUCUACAAGUGGUACCAAUUUGUCUGGACAUAAUAUUGCCUCACAAGAAUAAGGAUCUGCCUUGUAUCAUGUCAGUCCAACAGUCCAUCUGGCUCCUUAUUGUUUACGCUGACUAGAGGCAGCCCUCCAGGGUCUUAAGGGAGGGAUCUCUCUCAGCCUCCAGAGUUGAGAAAAUGUAACUGAAGAUGCUGAAGGUUAAAACAGAGCUUUUACACAUAGAAAGCACAUGCUCUGGUACUAAGUUAUCACCUCUCCCCUCUCUACUUAAAACCAGACAACUUUAGUAGUACAAUUUUUUCCCUGUGGUCAGUGUUCCUUGCUUCUCCCAGGCUUCUCCAUGCCAUUCUCCCUGGUUUUCUCCUACCCCAGAAAGUCAGUUGGCAUUUUGUGCCCACUGAGCAUAUUCAGCCCACACUGUUCUAGUUGGGUUUUUUUGUUUGUUUUUUGUUUGGUCUCUCUCUUUUUCUUUUUGUAUUUUUCCAAACCUUGAAGUUCUCCCAAGCCUGCGAAUAUCUCCCUUUUAUACAUGGAUGGUGCUGUUUUGGCUACAUAAGGAUCCAGGGAGAAUGAAUUUGCUAUUAGCAUGGUGUAACAGAUGCAAUUUUUAAAUUCUGUACCCUUUUCUCAUUUUCAAGCAGUCCCUCUCCAUACUCUUAAAAUGGUUAUGGCAAUUCUGAAAGCAAUAGAAAAUGAAUCUUGUACAUCUCUAGUUCAGCUACUACACCUUUUUACCCUGGACUCUCAAAACAUGGACAUGACAGUGACUUAGUACAGCUGCUGAGAGCAAGUAAAGGCAUAAAUAGGAUGGAAAUAUGGAGUUUCUCUUUCAGAUACUUGAAGCGCCCUUAAAUCUGGGGAAAGGGGUUCAGGGUAGGGGGAAGGCAUGUGUCUGAAAACAGAACAAAUCAUAUUUAAGUCACUUCUCUCUUCACAUGUUAACAAUUUCCUCUUCUUCCUUUUUUAACUAGGUAAAAUGAAUCCAGAAAUGAUCAGCUGAUAAGAUCUCAUCAGAUGUAAGAAAUAUUCUCUACUUUCUUUGUACUCACCCUUGCAUUGUUGGAUUUCCUUUGAAUGUGGAGGGCACCACAUAGACUAUGAUAACUCAUGCUAUAAGGAAAAUUACUCGUGCAUUCUGUACCAUUAUUUAAUAAUUCACCAUUACUUAAUGUAUCUUAGAAGUUAAUGCCUCAUAAAUGUAGCUACAUUUAUUUUUUUAAAAAAUCAGUCUCAAUUUUCCUAGAUCUUGGGUAUGCAUGUAGAGGACAAACAUUUUAAGGUUUCGACAAGUUUGGAGACUGAUGAAAGGGCGGGUGGGGGGGGGGGAGAUGUGUCCUUGUUGUAAUUGCAAGGUAAGUGUCUCUUCCUCUCUGCUUUCCUCUUCAUGCUUUAAUCAUUUUGACACCAGGCUGUACAGAAGUAAUUUAAAAUUAAUGUGAUUGACACUCUGUGGAUAGCAAGGCCCAAUGCAGAGCUCCACCUCCUACACAGGAUGGCUCCAGUGCAGCUUUCAAUUGGCUGCCAAGCUUAAGGCAGCUGACACAACACCUAGCAAAAAUACAGCAAACAAUUAAUUUGCUAAUUUCGUUUUCUCUUUAAUUUGAAACCAGAAAAUUGUCAGCCAUCAGGUCAGAAGCGUAGUAGCUGUCUAGUCUUGGGAUUCUGUGUUGAGAGAGCACUUGUCGUGUUAGUUGAAGCAGGAGAAUGGAAGCCAGAAAAGUAGACAGCUCAGCUAUCCAGACAGAUGAAGGGCAAGCUAUAAACAGUUUUAAUAGAAAUAAAUAACAUUUAAGAAGUCUAAACAAGUUAUGUACCCAAGUAUUGAAAGCAAGGGAAGAGAGACAAUUGAGAAGCUUGAAACUGGAGGGUUAGAGGUGGAAAGAUGGGAGAGACAGAGAAGAUUUUAUACCAAAAUCCAGGACAGACAAAAGGAAGGACUUCUUCACACAGCACACAGUUAAAUUAUGGAAUGCUGGUUGGCUACUGUGAGAACAGGAUGCUGGACUAGAUGGGCCACUGGUCUGAUCCAGCAGGGCUCUUAUUAUUGUCCUGUGUUCAAAGGGGCUUGCCUGAUGUGGCAUUGAGGCAGCCUUUCAUGGAACAGGAAGCAAACUGAUGGCUGUGUGUUUUAUCGCAGGGACAAAAAACUUUUAUCCUUUUACUUCACAUUCCCUCUAAGACUGGGAAUAGGAGAUACUCUGGCAGGUCUACCCUCUUCCAUGCUAAACUUGGAGGACCUCAAAAUAAGAAGUGUGAACACACUAAAACAAUGUUGAUCGCCCCAACGCUACUAAUUAAAAAGAGACAUCGGUAAUUUUAGAAGUGGUGUAUGACAUGGCUUGUUUAUAUACUGUCUUUUAGUCCAAAGCCCCAUGAAUACUGCUUUCUCAGUGAGCCAUGAAUGCUGGCUAUGUUCUGUCUCUAAUGAUGCAGAGACAGCAUGUCUCUGAAUGCUAGUUGCAGGGAAUCACAGAUGGAGAGAGUUCUGUUGCACUCACAUCCUGCUUUGGGCUUCCCGGAGAAGACACCUGGUGAGCCACUGUGAGAAUAGGAUGCUGGACUCUACUGCUAUUUGCUCCUGCUUCCCCACACACAAUACAGAAUCCUCUGUGAGGUUGCACAACUAGCAGCUUCAUCACCAAAGUAAACAUUAAAGUCCACACUUAAACCUUCCCCAUUUUUUUUCCUAAUUCUGCCCGCACAUUAUUUGCAUUCUGCAAUUUGUCAUUUACUUUGUUGGUAGACUUUAUGACAAUCAAUGGCUGUUUCAUAGCCUAGCAGUGAGGCUCAAUAGUUAGAAUACCAGUGAAUAUGUUGCGUUGGUUGAUGAAGUAGGGUGGGAUGGGAAGGCAGCAGGCUCACAGGUGAAUGGAUAAAAAAAAAUUAAUACACAUGAUGAUACUCACUGAAAACAUUGUCUUGUUGUCCAUCUAAGCACCAAUUUGGAAAAAGACUGGGCAGGAGGCAAGCAGCAUUACUACAACAGAUGAAUUAAUAGGUGCAUUAGAUACUAGUGUGUCUGGGUCUUGAAAACCUCAGUGAAACUUCAAAUAUAUUGGGAGCGGGGGAAACCAGUUCGUUAUGUUUCAGCAACACUGUUUUCCAUUGGGUCCAUGGAAACUAAUUUUCUAAUCAGCAAACAAUAAAAAAGCAGCCUGAGUGAUUCCCAUCCGCAGUUUGGAUUCCAAUUCUAUCAAGGGAGGAAAAGCCAGCUCAAUUCAGUAAGGCAGCACUGAACCUCUAAUUGACAUAAUUGAGACAGACCAGCCACUGGAUUGAUAGGGCAGAGAAAGGGAGCAGGUGUCCUGAUCGGAGAAAGAAAUGGAAAUCCAGGACUGCAGCAUCCCUCUUAUUCCAUACUCUUAUAGCAAAUGAAAACCCUAAGAUGAGUUGAUUCACAAUGUAGUGAAGUCAAAGGCAAACUGGCAAGAGUCACCUAGGCAAGGGUACUCAUGUUGUCCCCAAAGCCUAUUUCAACAUUUGUGGGUGUUGUUGGAAUAAAUCCAUAUGCUGUGUGUGAAUAAUGCAGAGAACUUCCCCUGGCACAUCUACAGCACCAGGCGAAUUUCUCACCAUGUUUUAUUUGCAACUAAGAUAGUUUUUAUUCCGUAUUAGCUUAUAUUGCCCUUGGCUUGCAAUACUUUUCUCAUUUGUCUCCCUAACUACCCUGCUAUGUAAGACCAGCGAGUGAAUAGCCUUUAAUUUUCCUACCCCAAGAGUCCAUCUUUUGUCUCUUGCCUUAUUUAUAAAAAUAUUUGUACACCACUUUUAAUUAAAAGAUCAAAGCAGUUUUCAACAAUCACAUGUAUGUACAGUAAAUACUACGUAAAAUUGGAGAUCAUAUAACUAUUACAGAAAAAUAUUUUCUGAAUUUCUUAAUAAGCUUGGUGGCACAGAAAAGCUUUCAGCAUACGUCUGAAGGUUAAAACAGAAGGUGCCUGCUGAAUUUCUAUUGGCAGAGUGUUCAACGGGAUUGGGCUGACUGUACUAAUGGCUCAGUUUCUUGUUGCUGUCAUGUGAGCCUCGCCAACUGGGGAAACUACUACCCACACUCCUGCAGAUUAUCUCAGUGAAUGAGCUGGGAUAUAAAGGUUUAGGUGGUCCAUAAUGCACCCUGGACUGAAAUUGCGUAAAGAUGUAGAUUCAUACAAGGACCUUGAACUUGGCUUAGUAAUAAAUGUGCAGCGAGAUAUUUUAACAAUGGCUUCACUCCCUUCCAACUCUACAAUUCUAUGAUUCUAUGUUGAAAGCCGUGUGUCCUAUCAGUAGUCUGGCCACAACAUUCUGCACCAGCCAUGCUCAUAAGUCCAUCAAGUUAGGAAAAAAACAUAUUGUCCAGCUUGUGUCGCUCUUACAUCACAUUAAAGAAAUUAGAGAGAUUGUAGCGGUGCAUUUUUUUCGUAAAACAUCCCUGGUUAGUCAGCUGCAGGUGAUUUCUUUUCACCAAUGACAAUCAGAUUGGCAAAUUCCAAGUUAAAAAAAAAAUCAAGUCAAAUUUUGAUCGGUUAUGAAUUAAUUAAUUACACCAUGCAGCUCCUUCAUUCAUCUAAUUGUCCUGGGCUUUGGGUAGAAGGAAGACUAAUCUAAAUAUUUGCAUAACAUGGAGUGCUAUUUACAUAAGAGUUUUGGUAUAAUUUGCAACAAAAAGCUAGCCAUUUUACUCAGAAGUAAUCCCCAGUGACGUGAAUUAUGUUUUGUCAGACCAAAAGAUCAUCAUUUCUCCCUUGUAGAAAGAUUGAGAAGCAAUGACAGUACAGAGAUUGCUAGCUUUCAAGGGUUUUAUCCAAUGUGGCAUUAAAAUUUAAAACUCGAGGCUAUUUUAAACAAUUUAAAGUAAGCAAAUGAUUUAAUACACAGCAAACUGAAGACAGCAGGUAGCUGGGAAAACAGUUCACUUAAAGGUCUACUAAAACAAGCAAUGCUUUGUCCACUAAAAUAAAACCGUUUCCAGUAUAUGCUUAUAUGUGGCAAUGAGGGCACCAGACUCAAUUUUCUUUAGGUUUUUAAAAAACGUUUGUUUGGAAUGCUCAAAGGAUAAGAAGUGUGCAGGGAGGUGAAACCUACAAGCUGCAGCCCAAUGUUAGCCAAGCCCUGCUCCUUGCAUUGCUUUCUAAAAACAGUUACUUAGGGGAACACCCUGAAAGGUAUGGUGGUCAAGCCCCUUCUAGCCUUCCUCUAAUUCAAGCACUGAACAUGGGUUGAUCUAAAGAGACAGCUUGAAUAAACAAACAGUGCUGAUGCAUACUGCUAAAGAAACACCUGAUAGAAAGAUCCAGGUAGAGGGGGCAUGGAGGUCCUUCACAUAGAAAAAGGGGUCAAAUCGUGCCCCCUUCCAGCCUUCUAAAACUGCAGCAAAGGGAGCCAUCCCCAAACAUAGAGAAUGAUUCCCUCGCCUGCACUUCAAGCACUUGGAGAUGGAACAUUCUCUUAUCUAUCUAUCUAUCUAUCUAUCUAUCUAUCCAUCCACACACUGCAGAAGUCCACACACACAGAAGGACAUGGUAAAAUAAUGGGGGAAAUUCCUAUUCUGGGUUAGCUUUGUUUCCAAUGACCUGCACAGAGUCAGGGCACAAUCUGGAACUUUGUUCUCUUGCACCAUGCUGAUGCACAACCACUACCUUUGCAGGAAUGCAGACAGCCAGAUCAGACCUAGAAGAUGUCAAAACGUACACGACAACUAG